CCGAGUUGCCUUGUACUCUGUCCUUAUCCCGCCCGCGCAGGGAAACAAAGAGAACAAGAGGAAGAAGAUGUGGAGAAGCGUGAGCAUUUCCAUUAACCUACCACAUUCAAGCCGCCUUCAGCUCCCGCCGCCGCCUGUAGUAAUGUUCCUCAACAGCAGCAAACGCCUCAUCGAUUCCGCCAGCGGGAGCCAUCUUCACUUCCGCUCCAAAUCAGUGCCAUCGCCCGUCCAAUGUACGCUCAACCCGGGAGCAGGAUCAGCCGACGAUCUUUCCAUUUCCCAACAGCCUUCUAGUGAGGCAAUACUACCACUACUCCUCCUAUCUCCCUCUCUUCCUACUCGUCAUUCGCUCGCUGCAUUAUGCUGAGGCUCUGAGUUGGCUAAUAUCUUGAAUUUCCGAUAGGUCGAGCUUGAAGAAGACAAAGGGCUCUGGAGCAAAUGGAAGGCGAAUUCCGCAGAAAUGAGCUCGAAGCUUGCCAAGCUCGGGCUAGCAGCUGUACUGGCGUACGGGCUGUUCGACGGAGUGACGUACACGACUUUCUUCGUGCUGGCGUUCCUCGGGUACGAGAAGAGCACCGGCAAGAACCCUGCCGCCAAUCUUCAGGCCCUCCUUGGGAUUGUGAUCUUGAUGUGGACAGGAAACAAUGUGACGAGGCCGUUCCGGGUCGCUGGAGCUGCAGCGCUGGCGCCACUGAUCGAUAGAGGAUUGAAGAGGAUACAGAGCUACUUCAAGUUCCCCAGCCUUGUCUAUGCGUUUGCUCUUGUGGCCUCCAUCGUGGCCUCGGCCAGCGGGACAGUAGUCGGCUUGCUCAUCCUCUCCAGAUGGGGGAAAUGAAAGGAAACCAAGGGAGAUUUCCUUUUUCGAAAUGGUGAUGAAUAGAUGAUGCAACAAGUGUUUUGAUACUUAUAAGAUAAACGCCACGAACGAAUUAAGUCCAUGAUCUUACAACAAUUUCUCCAGACUACCAAAAACGGAGAGUGAUGUAACGAAGCUCAACAGGAAAGACUUUUGGAAGGUUGAACUUCCCUUCCCUCCAAACUCAACUUACC